CCGCGACUCUAAAAGACGACGUCCACGUAGUCAGACUCGGAUCUGAAUCAAGUCCCGGCCACUCAGGCACCUGUCACUCAUCACGCUCAAUUAGCUGCCACUUCCUGUCCUCUCCCUCACCCUCCUCCGCCAGAUUAAACCCACGACAUCGUACCUAUUGGCUGCUCCUCGAGGACGACACAUAAACACACUGGCACAAAACACCACAUGUCUAAUGUAGAAGCAGCCGCACGCAGGGCGUCUGUCCAUGAGUGGUUAAUGGGGAGAGAUGAGCGCCACCAGCAGCACCAGACUGACUCCCAGCCCCAACCUGCUGCCGGGGAGCGAGCCGCCGCGUUAUGGCUCCACGCUGUCGCUGGAGGAGAAGUGUGAGCAGUCUUUCUUCCUCUUCUAUUACUACAGGAUGGAGGACGAGGCGGUGCUGGACCGGGGGGCGUCCUUCGUCAAGCACCUGUGUGACGAGGAGGAGGUGGAGGGUCACCACACCGUCUACAUCGGCGUGCACGUGCCCAAGAGCUAUCGGCGUCGGAGGCGCCACCGCCGGAGAGCCGGGGGCCACAAGGACCGAAAGGAGCGGCAGACGGAGGGCACCUCUGACAAGUCGGACACGGAGAACAACGAUGAGGCCAGCAACAGCAUCCUCAAACCCCUCAUCUCACCGGCGGCCGAGAGGAUCCGCUUCAUGCUCGGGGAGGAGGACGAUGGACCGGCCCCCCCGCAGCUCUUCACCGAGCUGGACGAGCUGCUGUCGGUGGACGGACAGGAGAUGGAGUGGAAGGAGACGGCCAGGUGGAUCAAGUUUGAGGAGAAGGUGGAGAAAGGUGGCGAGCGGUGGAGUAAACCUCACGUGGCCACGCUGUCCUUACACAGUCUGUUUGAGCUGAGGACGUGCAUCGAGAAAGGCACCAUCAUGCUGGACAUGGAGGCUUCCACCCUGCCUCAGGUCGUCGAGCUGAUCACUGACAACCAGAUCGAGAUCGGGCAGCUGAAGGCCGAGCUGAAGGACAAAGUCAUGUACACGUUGCUCCGGAGACAUCGCCACCAGACCAAGAAGUCCAACCUGCGCUCGCUGGCUGACAUCGGCAAGACGGUCUCCAGUGCAAGUAGGCUGUUUUCCAACCCGGAGAACGCUCGUAGUCCUCUUGAGAACUCUCUCACCUGCCUGUCGGGUCGCAUCUCCAUGGAGGACUUGCACAGCCAGAGGAGUAACAGCAUGGACUGGCUUAACAGUCCCACCACGACGCACCGGAACCUGACGUCCAGCAGCAUGAACGACAUCUCCGACAAACCGGAGAAAGAACAGCUGAGGAACAAGUUUAUGAAGAAGUUGCCGAGAGACGCCGAGGCCUCCAACGUGCUGGUGGGGGAGGUGGACUUCCUGGACUCGCCGUUUGUGGCGUUUGUCCGUCUGCAGCAGGCGGUGAUGCUGGGAGCCUUGACGGAGGUUCCUGUUCCCACGAGGUUUUUAUUCAUCUUGCUCGGACCCAAAGGCAAAGCCAAUUCGUACCAUGAGAUCGGCAGAGCGAUCGCCACACUGAUGUCGGAUGAGGUGUUCCACGACAUCGCGUACAAGGCCAAGGACCGAGAGGACCUGCUGGCCGGCAUCGACGAGUUCCUGGACGAGGUGAUCGUGCUUCCUCCUGGAGAGUGGGACCCGACCAUCAGGAUAGAGCCGCCAAAGUCCCUCCCCUCCUCGGACAAAAGGAAAAACAUGUACUCAGGAGGCGACUCUCAGAUGAACGGAGACAUGCCUCAUGACGGAGGUCACGGAGGAGGGGGACACGCCGUAGGGGAGGAGCUAAAGAAAACUGGAAGGUUCUGUGGAGGUCUCCUACUGGACAUCAAGAGAAAAGCGCCUUUCUUUGUCAGUGACUUCACCGACGCAUUUCACAUCCAGGCCCUGUCGGCCAUUAUGUUUAUCUACCUGGGAACGGUGACCAACGCCAUCACCUUCGGGGGUCUGCUGGGGGACGCCACGGAAAACAUGCAGGGCGUGUUGGAGAGUUUCCUGGGGACGGCGAUCGCCGGGGGCGUCUUCUGUCUGUUCGCCGGUCAGCCGCUCACCAUCCUCAGCAGCACCGGGCCUGUUCUGGUGUUUGAACGGCUGCUCUUCAACUUCAGCAGAGACAACAGCUUCGACUACCUGGAGUUCCGGCUGUGGAUCGGCUUGUGGUCGGCGUUCUUCUGCCUGGUGCUCGUGGCGACCGACGCCAGCUUCCUGGUCCAGUACUUCACCCGGUUCACGGAGGAGGGCUUCUCCUGCCUCAUCAGCUUCAUCUUCAUCUACGACGCCUUCAAGAAGAUGCUCAAGCUCUCUCACCACUACCCCAUCAACGCUGACUUCCAGGAGGAGCUCGUCACGCAGUACCACUGCCUCUGCAUGGCCCCCGCUGUUUACGUGAACAUUUCAGACGUCACAUCAGAUGGUGAUCCUUUAGACCCGAACCUGGACUGGAACAACACUGAUCUGCCGCUGAACGCCACGUGGUCGUCCCUCACAAAGACGGAGUGCUUGAAGUACGGCGGGGAGCUGGUGGGGAAGUCGUGCGAGUCCGUCCCCGACAUCGCCCUCGUGUCCUUCAUCCUGUUCAUUGGCACCUACACCUGCUCCAUGUGUCUGAAGAAGUUCAAGACCAGCCCGUUCUUCCCCACCACCGUGAGGAAGCUCAUCAGUGACUUCGCCAUCAUUCUGGCCAUCCUCAUCUUCUGUGGGGUCGAUGCGCUCAUCGGAGUCGAGACUCCCAAACUUAUCGUGCCAACUGAAUUCAAGCCCACGAGUCCUCACCGGGGCUGGUUCGUUCCCCCGUUCGGAGGAAACCCCUGGUGGGUUUACCUGGCGUCGGCGCUCCCGGCCCUGCUGGUCACCAUCCUGAUCUUCAUGGACCAACAGAUCACUGCAGUGAUCGUCAACAGGAAGGAGCACAAGCUGAACAAAGGGGCGGGCUAUCACCUGGAUCUGUUCCUGGUGGGCGUCCUGAUGGUGGUCUGCUCCUUCAUGGGUCUGCCGUGGUACGUGGCCGCCACCGUCAUCUCCAUCGCUCACAUCGACAGCCUGAAGAUGGAGACGGAGACGUCGGCUCCUGGAGAGCAGCCCAAGUUCCUGGGUGUGAGAGAGCAGAGGGUCACCGGCGUGGUUGUCUUCAUUCUGACGGGACUGUCUGUCUUCAUGUCUCCGAUCUUAAAGUUCAUCCCGAUGCCCGUGUUGUACGGAGUCUUCCUCUACAUGGGAGUGGCCUCUCUGAACGGCGUGCAGUUCAUGGAUCGUCUCCAGCUGCUCCUGAUGCCAGCGAAGCACCAGCCCGACCUGGUCUACCUGCGACACGUCCCCCUGAGGAAGGUCCACCUCUUCACCUUCAUCCAGAUCCUGUGCUUGGCUCUGCUCUGGAUCCUCAAGUCCACCGUGGCCGCCAUCAUCUUCCCCGUCAUGAUCCUCGCCCUGGUCGCCGUCAGGAAAGCGAUGGACUACAUGUUCUCGCAGCACGACCUCAGCUUCCUGGACGACGUCAUCCCGGAGAAGGACAAGAAGAAGAAGGAGGACGAGAAGAAGAAGAAGAAGAAGAGUGGCAGCAUCGACAGCGACGCCGACGACUCCGACUAUCCGUACAAUGAGAAAGUUCCCAGCAUUAAAAUCCCCAUGGACAUGAUGGAGCAGGAGCCCUUCUUAGGCGAUAAGGCCUCUGACAGAGAGAAGUCUCCAUCAUUCCUUGACCGCCACACAUCGUGCUGAGCAGCUUCGCUUUUACCAGGCCAACUGCCUGUCCAGCCCCGAGAUGAGUCCUCUGAAGUCGGUGCCUCAGAUUAGAAUCGACAUGGACCCGGACGAUGAUAAUUCUUUCUACUGGAGGAGCAGAGGAUCUGAAACGUCUCUGUAGAGACCGACCCACUCGCCCGGCGCCGGACGCAUCCUGCAGCUCCGCUCUGUCUCUAACCGACUGAUUCUCUUCCACUCACACACUCCUCCGUCGUUUCCUCAAACAGGAAACACGCAGUUUAACGCAGGUAACAGAUAAAAUAAUAUAUUUUCCUCACGGCUCCACAUUCUGAUGUAACUCUUUACUUCUCUUCUAUGCAAUCCCCCCCCCCCCACACUUACGGCUGAUCCACAGUAAAACGCUGCAGCUCUGAACAUGCAUGGAGCGCCCUCCCCCCUCUCCCUGCUCUUUUUAUAUACAAGUAUAUAUAAAUAUCAUCCGUCUGAACUUUUAUAUUCAUCGAAUUACUCUUAAUACCAUUUUCCUGUAGCAGGAAAAGUAUGUUUUUAUAGCUCUACCUCUUGUUUUAGAUUCUUCUGAUGAACCAACGUGUGUUGAGGCGUUUGGACUUUUCCUCAGACGCUCGGAGAGAUUCUCUGUUUCACAGCUUGUGGAAGGAAAACGUGUGCGAGUAGAAACUUUACGUUAAUUAGCGAAUUAACAACGUGCGGACGAGGAAUAUUUUUAUCAUCGCUUUUUGAUGCUUUACUUUCUCUAAUUUUUCUUUCACGUGUUCUCCUCAAAAGCUUUUGUUACUCGUUUAAAUGAAAUCGAACUCGGAUCUGUUUUUUAAUGAUUACACCGCGUGUGUGUGUCCGUAACCUUUUCUAAUUCCUUUGUUUUUCUUUCGCUGGUAGAAAACAGUUCAGCUCACGCUCCGGUUUCCCUCAGCCAAACUUAAACUCUAGGUGCAGAUCAUGUGCUUGCUUGUGCUUUACCUAAGUGGCUUAUAAGAGAUCGAUCCAGACUGGAACUGAUGUGAUUUGAUGAGAGGUUAAAAGACGGGAGUCCGGUCCACGUGCGCUCCGUGUGGGGGAGGGGGCAUUUUCUUUUUGUCUCAGCUGCUGUUGGAAAUAUCUGAUGUGAAAAUGGGAAAAAAAAAACUUGCUUCUUCUUGUUUUGUAUAUUUAAAAUGGACAAAUUUGAAUUUUAUUGAGUUUAUCUUUACAAAGCACUGGUGUGUACGUUGGGGGGGGGGAAGUUGGCUCCAGAUGUUUCUACUGCAGGAGGAACAGUUUUCAUUUUUUAAUCUUUACACAGAUCAUCAGUUUGUGUGUGUGCACGUCUCGGCCGAUGUAAUUAUAUGAAUUUAUAGAUGAUAAAAACUUAAUCUGAGGUUGUUUAGUACCAGUGCCUGUGUUUGUUUGUCCACUAGAGGGCACUGACGGCUCAUUUUUAAACUGUAAAAUGUCCUGAAAAGUUAAAGUUAAAGUUUAAUCACAAUUUAAGAAACAAACAAGAUGAAUAACAACAGGAUCUGUAUCAAGACGAUUUGGACGAUCGAUGAUGAAUCAAGCUAAAAGUUCAGCCGCAGCUAAAACGAGACUUAAUCUGUCUUCACGUUGAAUAAAGUCUCUCAGUCCUGAAUCCACUUCUUUAGAUUUAAUCCAAACUUUUAUCACACGAUCAGGUUCAUAUAGAUCCAGAUAAUCCAGAUAAUCCAGAUUCAAGUCUCGAUCACGAGUCGUAAUCCAGUGAAGAGUAAAUAAACCCGUGUCUGGAUGAUAUCAACCGGGUUUUAGGGAAAACGUGCUUUGUUCACAAUGUCAGAGAAAUACUACACUACCCACAAUCCUCAGGUGUAAGAGUGACAGCUGUGAUUGAUGAGGGUGCCGUUACCAUGGAGAUGCAUCGUCCAGUGUGACACUACGUUUACCACAGAGAGGAGAAGAGGCCGGAGGUCACAAUGGUUUAUGGGAUGUGUAGUUUCCUUGGCUCUUGUACUUUGGCCUUUUUCGCCCAAUAUUAUUUUCGCUCUGAAUCAGAAGUCCUAUAAUCACGAUUGAUCUCGUAGCUGCUUCGUCAGUGAAACAUUUACAGUUUAAAAGUGGACGCUCGGUGUUUGGCUCUAACCUGCAGGACAAAAAGCCAAAAUGGCCACAUCCGUUUUUCAAAGGGCUCACUGAAGCACUUUGGGACUUUUUGUGUCUCGGAUCAGAUUCCAAACUGUCGUCAGCACCAGCAACAGAAGAUCAGAUCUAAACUGAAGGAGCCUCCUCUUCCUCUGUGAAUCCUCCAAACACCUGUCGACUCAAACCAAAACACGACGCGCUCGUUUCCACCAUCUGUGAACUCUGUGUUUCAUCUGCUUCUGUGUCUGAUGUCAGUUUUUUUUUAGUCGUCAACAAGCGCGAGUACGAGCGAAGACUUGACGUCCGGGACCUUAACGUGUUGUUAGCGUGUUGUGAUCCCGUGUGAGCGUCAGACAAGAAUCAGAAACCUGUUCGUCAUGUUCAUUGUAGAGACGGAUACUGAUGCUUCCUCUUUUGCUCUGGAUUAGUAUGUUCGACACUUAGAGCCGGUGAAAUGGUUUAUUUUAGAAUUUAUAUUUUUCAAAUGAAAUGUAUAUUGAAAAUAAACAGAAAUAAACAGACA